AUGUCUCACUCAGCGACGCCCGUUGGUGGAAUACCACAUGUUCCUGCUAGCGCCGGUAGCAAGGCAAUUCUGGCAGCAUUAUACGAAGCCGGCGGUGUUAUCAUAGAAGGACUUCUAACGCCGGAUCAAGUGACAGCUAUGAACAAGGAAAUUGACGAACCUCUCCGUGAGUUGAAACCAGGCUCAACACACAAGUCCGAAAGCACCAAAGCAUUUCACGGUGCCAAUACGAAACGCUUAACUGGACUUACUACUUGCAGCAAGUCUUUCCGCGAUUAUCUACUGGACCACGAUGUGUGCCAUGGUGUCGCUGAGCGAGUGUUCCAUCCACAAACCGGCACGUACUGGCUUACAACGGCUCAAGUGAUCGAAAUCGGACCUGGCAACAUAGCGCAAAGACUACAUCGUGAUCAAGAUCAAUUCCAGGUCUUUACCAAACUUGGCCCAGAUGGCCCCGAAGCCACCGUCAACUAUCUUGUCGCCUUGACUGAUUUCACCGAGGAGAAUGGCGCCACACGUGUAAUUCCCGGCUCCCAUAAGUGGCUGGAUUUUACGGAAAGAGGAACUCCCGAGGAUACAAUCCCGGUGGAAAUGAAGGCUGGAGAUGCUUGUCUGAUCUUGGGCAAGACGGUUCAUGGAGGAGGCGCCAACAAGACAAAUUCUGAGUAUCGCAGGGCUGUUUCGUUUGCUUUCCAGGCUUCGUUCCUGACCCCAGAAGAGGCAUAUGCUCAUAUUACGCCGCAUGAGAUUGUACGCACGCUGAGCUUGCGGGCUCAGCGUAUGAUUGGAUUCCGCUCUCAAUUCCCCAAGAAUAGCCCUGGGCUUUGGCAAGCUAAUUAUUCUGAGAUUGGAGAUCAGAUUGGGUUCCCUGGGGUGGAGGAAAUGGUUGAAAGGGUGAAGAAUGGAACGUAUUCCCCGGAGGACUGA